AGUAAAAAGUGAGGUGAAAUCUGAAUUCCCACGGAUCAUCCAGCAUUGAAACCUGGGUGAUUCAGUAAGUAGCAAUUUUGUGGGAUUCAACUUUUGAGGGUAAAACAAACACAAAUGCUCCUCCUCCGAGGGGUGGGGGCGGUUCCCCAGCGAUGCACCAAUCAGAGUGCAUCCUACCCUAUAUAAGGCCCGGCAGUCUAGUGUUUUACCCUUGCCAGUGGUCAAUAUACUUUGGUCUCCUUGUGUGUUAUGUCAGAAACGCUACCUGUAGGUCCUGCUGCUACUGCUCCAGACCCCAUGGGAAAACUACUUGGUAAAAAACGAGGCAGGAAGGCGGCGGUUGGCGGCUCAAAUGCAAAGCAGAAGGUCCAGAACUCUUCAGUGUCCAAGUUGAUCACUGAGGCUCUGUUGCAGUCGCCAGACCGAGUUGGCAUGUCUUUUGCCGCUCUCAAGAAGUCCUUAGCUGCCGCCGGGUAUAAUGUGGAGAAGAACAACAGCCGUAUCAAGCUGGCUGUCAAGAGCUUAGUAGAAAAAAGAGUUCUGGUGCAGAUCAAGGGGACUGGCGCCUCUGGGUCCUUCAGGCUCAGCAAGAAAGUUGUUCCUGAAGCCUCCAAGGGCAGGGGUAGAAGGCCUGCUUCUGCCAAGAACAAGAAGCUGGGCUUGCCCAGGGAUUCCAGACCCCCAAAGAGCACUAAACCCAACAGGGGGUGCCAGAAGUCAAAGACUCCACACAGUGAAGCCUCAGGCAGCAGGAAGAAGGCCCAAAGGUCCAAGAGCCUGCAGCCACAGAAGAGCCCCGCCACGGCCAGAGUGGGGAAGGCCAAGCCUAGGAGGCCAAGGUCGGCCCUUUCGAAAUCGAAAUCUAACUCCAGGAAGGUAGUGUCUAAGAGAGCAGCUUGAGAAGUAAAGGACUAGUUUUGAGAAUCCAAAGGCUCUUUUAAGAGCCACCGAAACAAUUUUCAAAGUGGUGUGACUCUGCAAACUUACAGAAGUUCUUGCAACGAGUCUAGGUUUUUAAUUGC